AUGGACGAAAGGGCGAGCCCAGUGGCCCCAGGAGGUGCACGCGAGCAACCGACGAUACCCUCGAGCAGACUCCGUCGCGCGCCGCACGUCGUAAUCCUCACGCUCGGCUACGCAGCGAUCGCGCUCUUUGCCUGGGUCGUCUUGUGUGUUCUGAGUUACAGGCCAAUCGGCGCCCAGAGCUAUGCCAUCGAAUGGCAGGACUACGACUACAUGUAUAAACCCAACACAUCAGACUUGAUGACGCUAAGCAACCGCUAUCUGAGAGCCGCUCGGGUUUCCCAGACAGUAACAUCCGUGCUCACGAUCCCGCUGACCUCGAUGGUCUGCUCUUAUGCCGCUGUAACCUUUCUUCAAAGACGAAGGACGCGACAUGGGCAAGGCACGACGCUGCGACAAAGCAUGGCCCUAGCAGACAAAGGCUGGACUGACCCCGUAAUCAUCGCGAAGCUCGUCAUGGGGGGCUGGAAACGCUAUGGCUCAACUUUUCUCGUUGCUGCUAUGGUCUUGAAUUUGAUUGGUGCCUCUAUAACGCCUCUCCAAGGUCUCUUCGUAUCGUACAAGUCGAUCAAGGUUCCGUCCGGGCCAGACCGUAUGUAUGGCUUGAUGGAUAUAGAGGACACGGUUGUAAAGUACAAUGAAAGGACGAGCCCAAAUGACGCCGAUAAGCUCUUGCUACUGAGAUCUAGGCUGAUGGUGGUCGACAACUCGGACCCGCAGUUCAGGCUGUGGUCAAGUGAGCCCGGAUGCGGCGAUCAAACCAGAAGGAACGAGUCCUCCCAGGGCUGCACCAGAUCCGGUCAAUACUCGUUCGAAAGUUUGCCCAACCUACCCGAUCCGUUCUGGGCCCAGCCAGUAUCCGGCUUCAACACGGGACUCUGGCGUCAGGUGGCACCCCGAGUCAAUUUUAGUACCAAGUACGAGAACAUCACCAUCGACGACUUCCCCAGUAACUGCAGCAAGAUUCCGGACGCUCUCUAUCUCCACUACGAGAACACGACCAAGCGCGGGGGAUAUAACGUCGAUAUUUGCAUGCCGGCCAACGUGACCGAGUCUCCGUGGAAGGCCACCCGUGCACGGCAGGACUUUAGCGAGGAACUAUAUGUCAAGAUGACGGUGGACUGGAGUAUCAGGAAUGAUGAGAUGUCGUUUGUUCCCGGCAAUUAUUCCUUCAAGGUCACACUAGACACCACGGCAGGAUAUUUCGAGCUCCCUAACUAUGAGAACGGGCAACUCCCGGGCCCGCUUCUUACGAACACUCCGGACUUUGCUUCCAGCCCUCUGGGCAUGAACCAAGCCUAUCCCCAUCAUAGUAACUUGAUUAACUGGCCUCGCAGUGCGCCGAACAGCUCAGAGGAAGCCGUCGCUAACAUGACCUAUUACGCGAUGAGGGACAUGAGCAAGGGCCCGCUCCUGAGUACGGCAUUGGCGCUCUUCGGUGCGGGCUCCUACCUCGAUAUCCACCGCACCGUGGCCGAGGGCUACACCGGCGGCUCCCUGAGCGCCUGGGGAAGCUGCAUCGACGUCGUGCCCUUCAUCAAGCUCCUUCGCAGCCCUGACCCCAACGGCCGAGGUGGCGGCCGUUCCGUCUCAAAGGGGCUGGACCCCUGCGUCAGCGCCUGGGACUCCGAGUACUACCAGCCCAAGAUCGUCGCUUCGUACAUCUGGCUAUUCGCGCCCUUUGAGCGGGAGAAAUCUCUGGCCCACCCUCCCUCGAAGCGCAUACAGGACGCCUUCACGGCCGCCGCCUUCAUUGCCGUCGACGUCUGGGCGCAGCAACCCGCCUCGGAAUCAUUUGUAGCGCUGUGGUGGGAUCUGGGCGUUGAUCAGCAGGUACCCGACAUGUCGCACGCCGGCAUGAUCGUCGUCUCCCUGCUGAUGGGGCUCUACCUGUCGUGCCUGCUGGCGCUGGCCGUGUACGGCGCGUGGACGCCGCGGUGGACCAACCAGCUCGACGCGUUUUCCAUGAUGCGAGUCAGCUCGGCGGUGCCGGGCCUAUUCCCGCUGCGGCUGGCGCACGACCCGGACGAUGUGCGGGCCCUCGACGAGCUACCUGGCUGGAUCGGGGGUGUGGAUGGCGUGCAAGGGGGUGGUGGUGUGGGUGAGCUGGGGCUCGGCGGGGAGUUGCCGCUUAGCAGGAAGGAAAAGUAUCAUUGCUAUGCGUUUGAUAGGGAUUUCGAUGCUUUGUCAAAGCAGGGACGGAGGACAGAAUACUCCAGAGUUUCCAGCGGGGCCGGGGGGAAUGAAAGCGAGUGA